AGUGUGAGUCUGCUGCAGGCUCUGGAAGAGAACUAUGAGUUGGACCUGGUCUACAUCACUGAGAGGAUAAUCUCAGUCUCCUUCCCCAGCUCUGUGGAUGAGAACAGCUACUCCGCAAACCUCCGCGAGGUGGCUUCCAUGCUGCGCUCCAAACACCAAGACAACUACCUGGUGAGGGCCACCCCACUGAUCUAGGAUCAGCUCACCCUACCAAUUCAUAGGCUUUACCUUUAAGGGGGAAAACACAAAACUGACUGGAGAUCAGUGUUAUCCUGAAGUUGCCCCUGUAGACACUGAUAUAGGAUCAGCUUACCCUCUCCAAUGCCCCUGUAGACACUGAUCUAGGAUCAGCUUACCCUCUGGCGUUUUUUUCUCUCAGUAGAAAGAAAUACAAUAAAAAAGGAAAUAUAUGAUUAAAACACGUUGCUCUUUCAGCUCUUCAACCUCAGCGAGAAACGCUGUGACAUCAACCAACUCAACCCAAAGGUGUUGGACUUUGGCUGGCCCGACCACCACGCUCCUGCCCUGGAUAAGAUCUGCAGCAUAUGUAAGGCCAUGGACACCUGGCUGAGUGCGGACAGUCACAAUGUGGUGGUGAUACACAACAAGGUGAGAUACUGUGUGAUACUGUACUGUGCUAACUAAAGUACUGUGGUCCUCUGUAGCUCAGCUGGUAGAGCACGGCGCUUGUAACGCCAGGGUAGUGGGUUCGAUCCCCGGGGACCACCCCAUAUGUAAAAAUGUAUGCACACAUGACUGUAAGACGCUUUGGAUAAAAGCGUCUGCUAAAUGGCAUAUUAUUAUUAAAGCCCUCUCAAGCAUAUUGAGAAACAAUGCUGCUGUCAUUUACCUACAGUAUCAGACCCUUUGUACUGUUUAUGCUGCUCAGAGACAGUAGACGGCAUUCUCAGGCCAUCCUUUCCUUCCUGAUAGAAAUCUUCUGAUUGACCAAUAUGUGAAAGCAAUACUUCCUGAUUGCUAAUCCUUGUUUGAUGUUGUCUCUGCAGGGGAACCGAGGGCGAACAGGAGUGGUGGUGGCAGCAUACAUGCAUUACAGCAACAUAUCAGCCAGG